AUGGAGGCCGAGAAGGCGGAAGCCUCCGCCCUGAAAAAGCUGGAGGAGACCGAGGCCGCCGUCGCGGCAAGGCGGCAGGCUAAGGAAGUCGCGCACCGGCGGUCGGCGGUGUUCGUCACCCCUCUGAACUCUGCGUCGCCGCCCUCGGAGUUCACGGGGCAGUCAGGGGAAGCCGACGGCGAGUUCCCGGUCUUGGAGAGGGGCGGCGGCGACGCCUCCAAGCUGGACGCGGUCGUGCCGCCAUCGCCGCCCCUGCCGCCGUCUAGGAGCGCGCAAGGCAAACAGCCGGGUAAAUUAGUAAUUGAGCUGCUCCGUCCGUUCCGUUCCGCACGACAAGUUCGUCCCCGUCCCCACGCACGGACGAAUCCAAUCUCAAUCCCCUCGCAUAGCCGCCGCCGCCGCCACCCUCCUCUCGCUCCUGCCGCAGGGAUCCGGCCGGCCACCAGUACUGCAGGCCCUCCACCGCGGCGCGCCGAGUCGGCGGAAGCCUCCGCUUCCCAGGCGCCCCCUAACCUGCCGCCGGCGACAGAGGAUCGAUCUCUCCACCGUACGCCGGAAACCAUACUGCCUCAGUCUGCGCAGUUCCCUCCUGUUUACUCGAGCGGUUUCCCCUCCGACGUCCAUCGCCCGUACUACCUCGCCGCCGGCGAGCUUCCCGCCGACUACAGGUAUGUGAAAAGUCAAGGUGACAAACAACUGUGGUAUAAGAAUGCUGCACAUUUGACAUCGGAUUGUGCACCUGAGCGAAAAUGGAACAUAUAUCAAUCUUGUAAUGGAUGUUCGGGAUGCUUUUGAGGGAAAUGAUUUGGUGAAAUAUUGAUUGCGAGGGUUUGGAACCAAGUGACAGCAAAA